AUGUUCACGAGGGAUACGGAUGAAAGCGAAUUGGAAGACGAGGGUGGUGAUAAUUCGUUUCGGGGGGACACAGGAGAUGAUGAGAUAAAUGGGAUGAGUGAUACCGGUACCUCCGAGGUGGAAGUUCAGACGGUAAUACGUGGAGGGGAUACACCCUACGGGAAAACCAGAAAUGAGGAUAAGGCGGAUGCGGCUCGGAAAGGGAAAGAUGCAACGGUGAGAAUGGACGUAGAAGAUUACACAGAUAAAGAGACGCAUCCUGCACAGGGGGUGUCGAGUGAGGAUCCCUUCGAGGAGGUUGCCUCCCCCAUCAUCCAAGGUGGGAAUAAGGCUUACGUGAAAAACGAACAAGUGGACAGCAUCCAUGUGAAGGCGAGAAAGGUAGGAAGCGGUGGCGAAGAAGAAGAAGAAUUACCGGGGGGGGGGGAAGCAUAUGGGUAUGAAAGUGAUGAGAAUGACACGAGUGGAAGGGAUCAAAAUGGAGAUGGCCAUGUUAGUCUUAGUGAUGCAGGGAUUAAUGGAAAUGGCGACCCCAGUAGUAUAGUCCCUGAAGACGUAUUGAUACGACGAGAGGGUGAAAUUGGGGACAGCCACAGGAGGAGGGGACAGAACUUUUCAGGCGAAGGAUUAUAUACAUUUGAAGAUGAGGAAAGGCAGCACAAUCAUGUGAUGAAAAAGGGUUACGGCAAAAUGAUUAACGACAAUAUAAUUGACACAAUGGUACACAAAACUUUUAAUAAUAUAAAAUACGACACGUCCAAUGAUGGCGCUCUUGUGGGUGAUGCAGAUGGUGCAGAGUUGGGAAGUGGUGGACAGAACAUCCGCAGGCAUAAGAGAUGUGCUCCUCUGUUUGACGACGCGGGUGUCAAGAAGGAGGGGGAAAAAAAAAAAGUGAAAAAAUAUGAGCACGAAGCACGUGUAAAGGGGGAGGAAGGCGCUGAGUACCAAGUGGUGAGAAGUAAGGGGGGAAGCCAAGCCAAAGUGCGAACGAAGGAGGAGCCAAGAGGGGGGGAAGUCGAGACCACCUCUACUGCAAAUCCGUCGGGGGAACCAUCCAGGACCGAUAACUUUCACCUGUACUGCCAAAAUCACGAUAAAAUUUUCGGAGACGGAAAUGGUAGGGAUUUCUUCAAAAGUGGUACUGGAGGAAUGACGGGCUGCGUGCAUAGCGGCGACAUGCACAACGGUGACACGGGCAGUGAUGGUGUGGAUGCACCUGAUAGUAGUAGUAGCCCCCUGGGGAGGGAAAAAAGUGAACACAUCUGGAAGAACGAAUUGGGUGAAAUAUCAAAUAUAAUUUACGACACAAAUGAGCAUGAUCACCCCAUGGAGGAAGAAAACCAAGUGGGCGACAAGGGCGGGACAAACCAAGUGGGAGGCAAUGGUGGCGAACACAAGAUGAUAUACCCUUCAAUUUAUGAAAAGGAUAAGAAGGAAUGGUUUUUAGCAAAUAGCAAUGACGAGUGGCUGGUGCACAAGUUGUGUGACUGGCUUUACAACCCUAAGGACAGGCUGUACUUUAAUAUAAGAACGCAGGGGAUUUAUUAUGUGAAGGAUGGGUCUUUUCUUAAGUUUGAGAAUUCGUUUGAAGAAAGGGGGGACGUGAGUGUGAGUCGUAGUGGUAGUGAUGAUGUGCACAAAAACAGCUUCUCGUUUGAAGUGAAUUCUGAUGAUCCAUUGUUGAAUAAAAAAGGGAAGACAUGUAGUAAGGCGGAUGGGGGGACUGUGUACAGGAACAUGAACGACAUGGUCAAUGAUCACAGCGUGCGUGCGAACCCGUGUGUGUCUGUUGAGGAGAGUGGCAGCAUGGGAAGCAACUCCAGUCGUAUGAUUAGUCGCAGUAGUAGCGGGGGCCGCGGCACGGCGGCGGAGACUGGAAGCAUCAUUUUGAGGGGUGACAAGAGGGAACAGAGGAAUGGCGUGUUGACGAGGGGAAGUACCUCGAGCGAGAGCGCGGCGCGGGAGGAUUACUCUGGAGAUAAUCGCUCCUCCGAUAAUCGCUCCUCUGAUUGUCGCUCCUCCGAUAACCGCUCAUCCGAUCAUCGCUCCUCGGAUCGUCGCUCGUCUGGCAGGCGGCCCGCCUCCCGAGAGAACGCCGAGGCGAACGACGAAACGGUGGAAGAGUUCAGCAUGGUGUUGGAGGACGACUUGGUGUGCGGGACGUAUAGCAAAAUGGGUGACCACAACAGAUGUGAGAAUGAGGACUUUUACGUGACCAAGGACAUACUGGAUCUGAAUAACGUGUCGGAGAGUGACGGGUUGUGUUUCUUCAGUGGGGUGUUUGAUGGACACGGCGGAUCCACUUGUGCAAGGUAUGUCAUGAAUCACUUGAAGACGAAUGUGAUAGCCAAAUUUAGGCAGUCCUUUUUAAUUACUUGUAAAAAGCAAACUAAUGAAAAGGAAACCAAAUUAAAUGAUUUGAGUGUUGAGAUAAGGGCUUUAUACGAUAGUUGUAUUAAAGGGUUCGAUAUGACCGAUAAAAAUUAUAUAGAGCUAGCUAAGAAGAAUAAUUGUAAUGAUGGUUCCACAGCUUGUGUGGUGUUGAUUUAUGGACCCGAUGAUGAUGGGUCGUUGAAGGUGUUGUGUGCAAACUGUGGGGAUUCCGGUGCACUCAUCUGUCACGAUAGAAAGCCGGUCAAACUGUCACUACGGCAUAAACCGGAUUUGCAAGAAGAACGUGUGAGGAUUCUUAAAUGUGGAGGGAUCAUAGCUAAUAUAAAUGGGAUUAACAGGAUCAUUACUAAACAUAAGGUGAAAGGACAGACAGGUCGAGAGAAAACUUUUUUGGCCUUGUCCACCUCUAGGUCCUUUGGAGAUAUUUCAUACAAGGUGCCUAGGAAAAUUGUUUUGUGUAAACCUUUUAUAAGUGUUUACACCAUUGACUUUGACCUGGAUUCCUUUUUGGUGUUGGCCACUGAUGGGAUUUUGAACGUGUUGACUGAUAAGGAAAUAAUUGAUAUUGUUUGGAGGAACAUACAUAGGAAACCGGAGGAGGCUGCGGAGGAGGUGGUGCACGAGGCUUCGAGGCGCGACUCCACGGACGACAAGACCUGCACCGUCAUUUUUUUUUAUUGGAGGAAGGACAUCUUUCGCGGCGAGUCGGAGGAUGCUUCCGUGGAAGCGCCUCCGCGGGAGGAGGCCCCUGGCGAGGACAUCAACAUGUUUUCCGAAGUGUUCUGA